AUGUCUCUCCCGCGCAUUAACAGCCGCACCCCAUUGCAGCAGGACGACGACUUUUCAAUGUCUUUUUCUUCUGCUUUCCUCCAUCCGAGAAAGCACAAGUACCGGUCCACCUUCCUCGCUCUCUUAUUUCUCAUCUUCCUCUCCACCUACUUCUUCUUCACCUUUGGACCAACUCUCGCUCCGUCAAUAUCUCAACAACACAACGAUUUUCCUGCAGACCAUCUGGCGCUGGCGCUGGAGUCUUUGAGAAAUUCACGGCUGGCUGACGCGAGUGCCGGUUCGCAUGGCAUCACGGUGAAGGGCAAGGGUCGCCACAGGACGCAGGUUCGUCUAGACUCUGCGCAAGAGCUUGCAGCCAUAUCAAGCUUUCUCGCAAGUCUACCUCAAAACGUCCUUCCGCAUUCUGUCGACCCAUCUACGCCGCUGGACCCCCAACUCGUUCUGGACUUUGACACGCGGGGGCCGCGUGCUUCUGACGAGGUGCGCGCCAUGGUCGAGGAAGUAUGGUCGAGGAACCCGGUCUUCGUGUACUCCAAGCUUUAUUCGCCGACAUCGCGCGAACUUAAAAGCAUUCUUGCAAACUUGUAUCUCAAGCCUGCGCCUACAAUAAUCGACAUCGACGUCCGCGAUGAUGCGGCCGUCUUGAAGCCCAUCCUCGCCCGUUUGACAUCGUCAACAGAACUCCCCAUCCUUCUAGUCAAUGGCAAGCCCGUCGGGUCAAUAGAGGACAUCCGGGAGCUAGUCAAAUCCGGCGAACUUCAGCAAAUGAUCGGGGCGGCGGGUGCUGUCAUCAACGGUGCAAAGGCGAAAAAGCACAGGAAAUAA